GUACUCGCAUCCUGGCGUUUGCCCACAGGAAGAUGGCGGCGGUCUCAAUGUCAGUGUCGCUGAGACAGGCGUUGUUGGGGCGAAGGGCAGUGGCCACAGCUGCCGUUUCCGUCUGUAGAGUUCCAUCCAGGUUGUUGAACACAUCCACUUGGAAGCUGGCAGACAACCAGACUCGGGACACACAGCUUAUAACAGUUGAUGAGAAACUGGAUAUCACUACUUUAACUGGUGUUCCAGAAGAGCACAUCAAAUCCAGAAAGGUCAGGAUCUUUGUUCCUGCUCGCAAUAACAUGCAGUCUGGAGUGAACAACACAAAGAAAUGGAAGAUGGAGUUUGAUACCAGAGAGAGAUGGGAAAAUCCUUUGAUGGGUUGGGCAUCAACGGCUGAUCCUCUCUCCAACAUGGUUCUAACCUUCAGUGCCAAAGAAGAUGCAAUUGCCUUUGCAGAAAAAAAUGGAUGGAGCUAUGACGUGGAAGAGAAGAAGGUUCCGAAACCCAAGUCCAAGUCUUAUGGUGCAAACUUUUCUUGGAACAAAAGAACAAGAGUGUCUACAAAAUAGGUUGGAGCUGGCUACAUUUCUGCUUGACUGUGACUGAAGUGUCAGCUGUGCACUAUUUAUAGUCCAUGGAUAAUGCACCUCUUAAUCUCCUAAUAAAUAUGACCUUUAAACUACA